AGAACUGUAAAAAUAAAAUUUCUCAACCAGAAUUAAAAACAAGUGAUAAUAAGUGGAGGCAAAUAAAAUUUUUCGCAUUUAGUCCUGCUCCUCUGCUCCUGGGGGCCACCAAAUUUCAAGAAGUCCUUUGUAACGAAAUGCCUAACAAGGCCAGAAUACGUCCAGUGAACAAAAUUAUGUUCAAACCGUAAGCGCAAGCUCCACCUGCACCAUAACCGCUAUCUCUUCAAAAUGAAACACUAUCCUUUUAUACCAAAUAUGGUUCAGGCAAUUACGGUUCUUACUGUUCUGAAGAUGAUGACAAGAGCUCAAACAUCGUGCGGUUCUGGUUCGUUGAAUGGAAAAAUAAUGUACGAGCGAUUGCCGAAUACGCAAUUGCAAGGUUUCGAUGAUGACAUCGUUCGGGACACGGCACCACCUUUUAUGGUUUUAGAAAAAUGUCAGGAUCUUUGCCUGAGGGACAGAGCAUCGAACAAUAUCGUACGUCAGUGUGCAUCUUUCGAUUUUCAACCCGGAAGCAGAAUAAGUUCGUACAACGGAGGUCCUGAGUACGAAGAAUCGACUUGUUAUUUGACCCGAGAACAAGCGGCUCCCGAAGGAAUUGGAAACUUGAUGCUAGUACCCAACAGUAUCCAUUUUACAGAAGUUUGUAUCACAUCCAACAGACCGGAACGAGAAUGUCCCAACAGAAGAUACAUAUUCGAGCGUCACCCUCGGAAAAAGUUAAAAUUGUCGGGUUCCGACAUGAAGGAAAUGUCGGCGUCAAACAGAAGUGAAUGUGAAGAUCUCUGCCUAAACGAAUUCAGUUUCGUUUGUAGAUCCGCAUCUUUUGAUGCUUCUUCUCGAACAUGCUCAUUAAGUAGAUACACCAGAAGAACUCAUCCGGAAUUGUUAGAAGAUGACCCUAGUUCGGAUUAUCUAGAAAACACCUGUCUAAACGCCGAAAGGCGUUGCGAUGGAUUGGGGGUCUUUAUUAAAGAAGAAAACAAAAGGUUGGGGGGACCAUUUGAAGUGGAUCUUUUGACGAAUGUAACUCUUGAAGACUGUCAGAUAAUGUGCGUGAGAGCGGAAAAAUACUUCUGCCGUUCUAUCGAAUACGACGAAAUGACUAAGCAAUGUUCUAUUGCAGAAGAAGACUCUGUAUCUCAAAAAGACGAUUUGGGAAUUGCCAGCAGUUCGACACAUCAUUAUUAUGAUUUUGCCUGUCUCGAUAGUCCUCGUGGAUCGGAAUAUCCAGAUAAUUCGGUCACAUCGCACCUGUUUGCUGGUAAACGACCGGAUACAGCAUUUCAGAGGUACAGAAACAGUAGGCUGGGAGGAGAACAUCAUUCUGAGAUUUCCGGUAGAACUCUCAGCGAAUGCCUUGACGAAUGUCUGAGACAACCAAGUUUCCAAUGUCGAUCAGCAGUUUACAGUGAACGAUAUAGGACUUGUAGACUUAGCCGAUACAAUCAGAAAGACGGAAUGCGAAUUAUAUACGACGCAGAUUACGAUUAUUACGAAAAUUUAAUGCUUGGAGGGGACGACGACGGAAUGGUAAAAAAGCCUGUAGACAGAGACAGACCUGAUGAUGGUUAUCCAAGUGGACCACGGAUACGCCCAGGAGGUGGUAGAUAUCCUCCUAGUAGUAGUGGCGGAGGACGAUACCCUCCAAGUUCAUCAGGAGGUCGUUAUCCAUACGACGAUUAUCCGGGCAGAUAUCCACCAAGCUCCUCUGGAGGACGAUACCCACCUCCCGGUAGAUAUCCUUUCUAUGGAGGUAGACAUCCUCCAAAUGUAAGAUAUCCCUAUGACCGCUAUCCCUACGACAGACGACCUCCAUAUCGUCCUGUAGACGGAGUUGGCGGUCCUUACGGAAGAUAUCCACCAACUGGACGUUACCCUUAUUAUCCGAACAGGCAUUACCCUCCUCCAAGCGGGGGAGGUGCUGAUAGAUAUGACGACAGAUACCCUGAUUAUGACUACCCUUCAGGAGAUGCCCCAACGGCUAGAAGGCCAUUUAGACCGUUCGAUCAUAGACGACCUUCUCCGACUUUUCCUCCUCCAGAACCACCAUACGAAGACAAGCCAUACGGGAAUCGUAGACCCUACGAUGACGACAACAAUAGGCCCUACUACGACAGAAGACCAUACAAUAAUCGUUAUCCUUACGACGACAGAAGACCUUAUGACACCAGGCGUCCUUAUGACGGCCGAAGACCAUUCGCUGAUAGGCCCAGUUAUCGACCGCUAUCUCCGGGACCGGAUGGACCUAUAUAUGAUGUACCGGAAGGAGGAACCCCAAUACGACCUCCAGGAUAUGGAUGCGAUGACGAAGCAUUUAGGCAAGCCGCAGCCAAGCAAAGGCUCAGAAAACAAUUCAUCAGAAGAUUGAUUGCAGUACCUACUCUUAUUGAGUGUCAACGAGAAUGUGUUGAAAAUCCAGAAUUUACUUGUAGAUCGUUUAAUUACAGGGAAGCAGUAUUGCCUUACGAAGGGGAAAAUUGCGAACUGAGCGACAUAGAUUCGAAGGAUAUGGAACUAAAUAACCCUCAAUUUUUUGAUCCUGCUCGUGACUAUCAUUACUACGAACGAUCAUUAGGAAGACAAGGAGUAGAUGGCGAUUGUUUGGAUGUUAAACAAGUCUGCAACGAAGAAGGCAUGGAGUUCUCCUUAAUAACACCCGAUGGAUUUUAUGGUCGGAUUUACACCUACGGUUUUUACGACCGUUGUAAUUUAAGAGGAACCGGUGGAGUAAAACAUGUACUUCGGAUAAGUGGCCCCCAAGGAUACCCAGAAUGCGGAACCCAACGAUUCGGAGAUACCAUGACUAACAUCGUCGUGGUACAAUUCACGGACAACGUACAAACCAACAUGGACAAAAGAUACAACUUAACCUGUCUCUUCCGAGGACCUGGAGAGGCUAAGGUCUACUCUGAUUACAUAGGAGCGGGGUCAGGAAGUCCCAUUCCAAUUGAAUAUUUGCCAGCCGAAAAUACACUUAGUUCAAAGGUUAGACUGCUGAUAUUGUAUCAGGGCAGACCCACUACCACCAUAGCUGUUGGUGAUCCUUUGACCUUCAGAUUAGAAGCUCAAGACGGCUAUAACUAUGUAACAGACAUUUUUGCCACCAAUGUUGUCGCAAGAGAUCCGUAUUCCGGAAGAUCCGUACAACUCAUCGAUAGACGAGGUUGCCCUGUGGAUCCCUACGUAUUCCCUGAAUUGGAUCGAGGCCGUAGUGGAGAUACUUUGGAGGCAAGAUUCCAUGCCUUCAAAAUUCCCGAAUCUAACUUCCUUGUUUUCGAAGCCACAGUUCACACCUGCGUAGACGGAUGCAAACCGGCUUUCUGUGAAACAGGCAGAGGAAGAGAAGAACCGUCUUUUGGUAAACGUAGAAAGAGAUCUAUCAACGAAACUAACGUCCUAAGAAUUGAUGAUAACACUACCGCUAUAACGCAUCUUUCCGACCCUACCCAACUGAAUGCAACAUCCAAGAAUGACGCAGUCAACAAUAACAACGAUAGUGACGAAGAGUACGUGAGAGAAAUGAUAGAGGUCUUCGAUUCACGUAAUGACAUAAACCACGAUGUAGCAUUAAAAGCUUUGGCCCUACGAGAGGCGGUUUGCUUGACCAUGGGAGAGUACAAGAGCCUCGUUGGUGCGGUUCUCUUUUUGACCCUAACCCUCAUAAUAGUUUCCAUAGUGGCUGGAUACGUUUACAGAAAGUAUUGGAAGGUAAUAAAGAAGAAUAUUUCGAUUGCUGACAGAGAAAGUGAAAGAACGGUUGGUGGUGGUAGUUCUGCAUCAACUCAUUCCAACUGUACCAUGUACUCAUCCACUAGAAACAGUGGAUUUAAUGGGCUCACAUCUGCGUUCAGCAUUGGUAAGUCAUUUGGAGGUUUUAGGAAGGCGAGGGGUUUCCCGGAAAUCAAUAAUAUCGAUUUGGACAUUCCUAAUGCCGGACAGGGAGGUCUAUUCGAAGAUCCUAGUGAGCCUAUUUACACCGAUCCAUCGCUUUUCGAGCGAUCUCGUAGCCUAAGAAGUAUAGCUAUAUCUACCAAUAAACGAAAAAAUCGCACUAAUAACAAUUAAACCAUAAAUUGCCCCAUAUAUUUGGAAUAAAAUAGAAUUAGCAAAACGACAAACCAUUAAAGCAGUUCGCAAAUAGCAUACAGAGUACUCACUAUCACCAAAAGUAAAUCUACUCGAAUUACUUUCAAAGCAACACAGUAUGAUUAAUUAGUAAUUUGUAAGCCUGAGAAAUAGAAUUCUAUUCAAUCAAAAAACAAUGGUACUUGUUCUUUUUAUGUGAUAUUUUGUUGUUUUGAUAGCUAUAAGUAGGUCAACCAUCCGUUAAAGUCUUACAGAAAGAAUCCUGUACACCCUAUAUAAUAUAUAAAUUCAUUAAUAUGUUCUAUAAAUGAUCAAAGACCAAUCACAAUACUGUCCAAAGUACUUUUAAAAACCAAAAAAAUACGCCAAAUGUUAUGCCGUUGAAUUAUAAAAUGAUAACACUCUUAUUGCACAAUCAGAAAAUUAUUGAUUAUUCAAUUCCUGUAAGCUUUUCUGAAAUUGAUUCUUCUCUAGCUGGAUUUCGAGAUUUAUUUCCUAUUCUUUUCUUCUCGAUUACAGAUACGUUCUUAUUUCGACAAUAAUCCGUACGGGCUUAUUCCCAGCCUCGUCCUUAUUCGAGCCUUUAAAUAUAAUAUGUAUCUAUGUUUCAUUGCGCUUUCAGUUAGACCAUUUAUUGCUUCACACAUUCAGUUUUCUUGAGUUCUACCUUCAAUUAUCAAACCAGAUGAGUUGCAAUGUUGCUUUUGUUCUCAUCUACUAAUCUGAUAUCAAUCGGACUUAUAAUGAUUUCAUUUAAAAUAAACAUAAUUUAGUAUAUAUUAAUUUUUAAAGAAAUUCACAUUUGAUCUACAAAAUAAAAACAAAAUUCUAACUAUUAACCGCCCCUUAUUAGUUACACUUCAUUAACAACUUACUGAACACUGCCUUAACUGCCUUAAACGUAAUUCAGGUAUCUAUUUAUUUGCUCAAAAAAUCAUUUAAUAACUUUAACAAAACAUUUAUAUAUCUAGUUUAUGGAACUAACUGCUAAACAUACGUGUG